AUGCCAGGAAAAGUACCAGGCCUGGCGGAGAUGCUGGUGCUUCCGAAACACCAGGAGUGCGGCCCCACCACAAUCAACCUCCAAAGGACCCCAGGUCUCAACCCACCCACGUCCAGGACAUCCCGGCUCGGGAGGCCGAAGCAGGCGGUCAUACGCAGGAGAGCUCGACAGUGUUACCGGUGUGGGGAGAUGGACAUAUCUCUGGCACGCAACGGCAACGGCAGCAGCGGCGGCGGCAGGCGCGCAACAGCAGCGGCAGCGGCGGCCGGCAGCGGCGGCGGCAACAGCGGCAGCAACGGCAACGCGCAGCAACACACCGGCAACAACGGCGGCGGCAGCGCGGCGGCGGCGGCGGCGGCAACGCAACAGCGCGCACCCAGCGGCAACAGCAACAGCGCAAACGACACAACAAAAACAACAAACAGCAACAGCAAAGCAGCAGCAGCAACGGCAACGCGGCGCACGCAACGGCAGCAGCGGCAGCGCCGGCGGCAGCGGCAGCACGGCAGCAGCAGCGGCAGCAGCGGCGGCACCCGCGGCGGCGCGGCGGCAGCGGCAGCAGCGGCAGCAACGGCAGCGGCGCAGCGCGCACAGCACGAGCGGCAGCCAACCCGCAACCUUCUUGCAUUGGAGAGUGAGUUUGUGUCAUGCCAGCUGCACCAGUGGAUAGAUCUGAUAUUUGGUUAUAAGCAGCGAGGGCCCGAGGCUGUACGAGCUCUUAACGUCUUCCACUUCCUGUCCUAUGAGGGUUCCGUCACCUUGGAUACCAUCACCGACUCCGCACAGCGGGAGUUGAUGGAGUCCCAGAUCCAGGCCUGUGGUCAGACUCCAUCCCAGCUGCUGAUUGAGCCACACCCCCCUCGCUCCUCUGCCAUGCACCUGUGUUUCCUUCCCCAGAGUCCUCUGAUGUUUAAGGACCAGAUGCAGCAGGAUGUGAUCAUGGUGCUGAAGUUCCCCUCCAACUCCCCUGUGACCCACGUAGCUGCCAACACCCUGCCCCACCUCUCUGUCCCUGCUGCUGUCACCGUCACCUGCAGCAGACUGUUCGCUGUCAACCGCUGGCACAACACCGUCGGUCUCCGUGGUGCUCCAGGUUACUCCCUAGAACAGGCUCAUCACCUGCCCAUUGAGAUGGACCCUCUCAUAGCCAACAACUCUGGUGUGAGUAAGCGUCAGAUCACAGACCUUGUGGACCAGAGCAUCCAGAUCAACACACACUGCUUCGUGGUUACCGCUGACAACCGCUACAUCCUGGUCUGUGGCUUCUGGGACAAGAGCUUCAGAGUCUACUCCACUGAGACAGGUAAGUUGACCCAGAUAGUGUUUGGGCACUGGGACGUGGUGACGUGCCUGGCCCGGUCAGAGAGCUACAUCGGAGGGGACUGCUACAUCGUGUCAGGGUCCAGAGAUGCUACCCUGCUGCUGUGGUACUGGAGCGGACGACAUCACAUCAUUGGAGACAACCCCAACAACAGUGACUACCCUGCUCCGAGAGCUGUGCUGACGGGUCACGACCAUGAGGUGGUGUGUGUGUCCGUUUGCGCUGAGCUGGGACUGGUCAUCAGUGGGGCCAAAGAGGGUCCAUGCUUGGUCCAUACUAUAACAGGAGACCUGCUGCGGGCCCUGGAGGGCCCAGAGUUGUGCCUGAGGCCCCGCCUCAUCUCUGUGUCCAGUGAGGGCCACUGUAUCAUCUGUUAUGAGAGAGGACGCUUCUGUAACUUCAGCAUCAACGGGAAACUACUGGCUCAAAUGGAGGUCAACGACUCUACACGGGCGAUCCUGUUGAGUAGUGAUGGUCAGAACCUGGUGACAGGAGGAGACAACGGGGUGGUGGAGGUGUGGCAGGCCUGUGACUUCAAACAGCUCUACAUCUACCCAGGGUGUGACGCUGGCAUCCGCGCCAUGGACCUGUCCCAUGACCAGAGGACUCUGAUCACUGGCAUGGCGUCUGGCAGCAUCGUAGCUUUCAACAUCGACUUCAACCGCUGGCACUACGAACACCAGAACAGGUACUGAGGAGAAGAGGACAAAAGAGAGAGAGAGGAGGACAAGCACGAGAUGAGGAGAGAGAGAGAGCGAAAGAGAGAGGAGGAAGGUGAAAGGUCAAGCUGUAAACAACAACUACAGAAAUACAUUUUUAAAAGGAUGAGAGGUUGGAAAGCCACUAAAUCUCUACUUCCUGUGAUGAUGUCACUUGAGAAGGAGGAGAGCGAGCCCAUCACAGCUACUGUAGGACAUCUUCUCUGCCAAUGAACUAAGAUCAAGUAAGGAGAAGAUCAAAUCUAUUGCUAGACUUUGACUGGGGUUGAACAGGCCCGUAUAGGACUUUUAAUGUGUGAGAACUUUCACUGUUAAUGGACAGAACGCUUAUCGCUUCACUGGACAAAGUAACAAACUAAAAUGGGUUUUUGUUGCUUUGGUGUAGUUCUUUUAUGUUUUUUUUUAUUUAUCUUUUGUUUAUAGGAGGUUUUAAAGGGUGGGAGAUGGGGUCCAGGCUACCACAGAAAGUUGAAACUGGUCUAAACUGAAUUGAACAGGUUUAAAACUGGACUGAACUGGUUAAAACUGGACUGAACUGGUUUAAACCUGGAUUGAGCUGGUCUGAAGCUGUACUUCCCAUUGAAGAAAACAGGUGCUGUUGGCUUAAACUCAGAUCGGGUUUAUUCUGUAAAUUAUAUAUAUUUUUGUUUCAUAUUAUUUUGUUUUCUUUUGAUUUAAUUUCUUUAGUUUGAUUUAUUUUAUUUUCCGUUAAUUUAUUUUUGUUUUAUAAUAUUUUUGACUACCAGGAGGGUGAAUAUGAUUUCUGUAAAUACUGUUCUGUUUCCUUUGUCUAUGAUUGACAAACAGGGAGACAUUACAGUCCUCACUCCCAUCACCACACAGACCAUGCCUAUCACCUUUAAUUUAUUAAUGACUUGCUGUGUAAUAAUAGUGAUGACGAUGGCAAUGAUGAUGACUGUGAUGAUGAUGACUGUGAUGAUGAUGACUGAUGAUGAUGACUGAUGGUAGAGGUGGUGGUGAUAACGACGAAGAGGUGUUUGCCAACGCCAUCAGGCGAUGACAUCUACCGGAUAAGCCUGAUUUUCUUUGUAUAUUUGGUGAUUGUUUUGUCAAAUAUGUACAUAUAGUCUUGGUUUCGGGCUACGGUGGACAGACGGCCGGACAGAGAGUUUAAUCAACCGAAUAAGACAGAUAACGUAAAAAGGAAACCUUCACUCACUCACAUUUGUCGAUUAUUUAAAGAAAAUAGAAAAAUAAGAAUUGAAUCGGUGUCAAACGUUUCGUUUUUGUAUUCACACUUUGCACCAAUCACAUAUAAUUAUUUAUUAGCCUGAUGAUUAUUUCCUGUCACAUGACUGUUUCAUUUUUUCGGGCCAUGUUUUAUUCUGCGGGAUUAUUUGUGCAUUGAUGUUUGUAUUUAAAGACGAUGAAAUCACGUGUGAUUUAUUAAUAAAGUAGACCUCACAACUGUAAGCAAUAUCAUGAGUCUGUAGCCCUGAGAGAGGGAAGGAGGAGAGAGAGGGGGAAGGAGGAGAGAGAGGGAAGGAGGAGAGAGG